AAUGUCAUCUCUAAUUUAUCGUAAACAGACUAAAACAAUUGAAAAUCGUACCAAAUAUGCAACUGAAUCAAUUAAGUCAUCCACAACGAGUGCGUUUACUCUAUAAAACUAUUCUCCGGCUGCAUCGAGGAUUGCCAACGGAACUACGUGCAUUAGGUGAUAACUAUGUAAGAGACGAAUUUCGGAGACAUCUCAAAUGCAAUCCCAUGGAAGCACAACUAUUUAUGACAGAAUGGGCUCGUUAUGCUUCGACCAUUACACAACAAUUGGGACUGCGAGGAAAGCCUAAGGGAGAGAUUGGUGAACACCUGGAUGAAAAGGCAGUAGAAAUGCUGAAAGAUGACCAAGUGGUCCAGCUCUAUGAAUUAAUGCUUGCGUCUAAAGGCCUGCAUGGAGACACUAUAACAGCAGAUGAUGUGCGUGGAAAAUAAAUUGUAGUUUAUCGUUGUUAUUGUUGUUUUUUAAAAACUUUAUACUUAAUGCCACUCUUCUUAAGUGCCCAAUGAAAACUCUAGAAAAUAUCACAAUCAAA